GGAAGAGAAGCAGUAGGCGGUGAGGCGGUGGCACAUCUAUCGAGGGCAGGGCGGUACUGGGGAGGAACGUUGCCCUGGAGCGCGCCGCACGUACCGAAGGGACGCGCUGAUUGACAGUCGGAGGCACGGAGCGCCCCGUGCGGAGCUCGCAAGCGGAGCACGCUAAUCUCACCGCAACACGUCUUGUCAACGGCAUCUGUGUGAAAUUCCCAGAUAGAUCAGCCUGGCGCAGAAAAGAAAAAGAGCAAGAGUAUCCGUCCAGCGGCUCCGUUAUUGAAGGGGUUUCUGGAGAAGUGGAAAGGACGCGGCGGCUCUGCAACUCUCUCCCCAUCUUCUCUCUACCUGUUCAGUGAUAAGUGGAAAUAGUCUUGGCCAACCUGGCGCCUCAAAGUGUCCGGAUAACGGGAGUGGGUGGACGCAAAGGUCAGAAUGCACCAAGCAAUCUGAGCGAACAAAGAUUUUUGUCGAUUUCUUUUUGUGGACUAAAAGGACUGCGCUUGAUGCUUGAUCGAGAUAAUUUUUUUGGAGGAGAGGUUGCUCUUUCUUUAAAAAAAAAUUGUUAAAUGCAAAAUAAUCGCGUUUGUGAAUCUGUUUUUAAUUUCCAGGAGAUUGUAAUAGAAGAAAACUCUUUCUAAUUGGAAUAUUGGAUACAGAAGCUGGAAAGUCUGGAGGAAUUUAGUCUAAGUUCCCUUGGUGCGUAAUGUGUGCAAGUGCCGCAUAAGUACUUUUGCCUUGUCCGUUUUUCUACGUCCAGUGCCCCCAUUUUUCUUUCUCAUGGAGUAGGCUGAAUCGCAGGUAAAGACUUAAAAAGAGUGGGCUUAUUCCCUGCCGCCCCGAAACACAGGCGGAUUCGAUGCGCCGAUUCUUCGUGUGAUGGUAAAUGACCGAUGGGGAAUCAUGAACAGCUCUUCUGAACUCGAAGAUGGAACUCGGCAUAAAAACCAGACGUUCUGUGAAUGUGUGCCCAGCUCCUCUCAACUCAAACAUCGCUGGUCAGAUUCAGAAACAGCCAGGGAGACCCCAGCUAAGAGGAUGAGCUGCAGCUACCUGCUCUGCACUAUCCUUCUCUUCGUGGCUGUAUUGCUGGCUGUCACUGUAACUGGCACCAUCCUUUUCAUGAAUCACUAUCAGGCUCCACCCAUGUCUGAUGGCCUACCCCACAUUUCUACCAACCAGGAUGAAGCCAAUGCCCUGGUCACUGUUGAGAGAGGCGAUGGCUCUCGCAUUAACAUCUUCAUUGACCCCAACUGUCCGGAUUACAACAGUAACUUUAUGCGACUGGAGGGUGUGCAGACCUCAUUGCUCCACUCACUGACUGACCACGACUCCGACUUGAAGUCUGUGAAAGGACAGGAUCGGGCUCUGCUUGUCAGUCUGGCUGAGGAGGUGGCCAAGCUGUCAGCCCACGCAGGUCAACUGAAAAUGGACUAUGAAUCUCUACGCAGGGGGCAGAGCAGCCUCGGGCAAGACCUUAACACACUGCAAACGGAACAGGGACGCCUCAUACAGCUGCUGUCAGACAGCCAGAUCAACAUGGUGAAGGUAGUGAACUCGGUUAGUGAUGCUCUUAAUGCCAUGCAGAAGGAGAAUGUGGGUCUGAAGGCUCGUGUCAAGGCUGACUUACAAAGGGCACCAGUCCGAGGUGCCCGCUUCAAGGGCUGCUCCAACGGCUCACGUCCCCGUGACUGUGGUGAUCUGUACGCCAGUGGACAGAGAGAAGAUGGCAUCUAUUCUGUGUUUCCUAUUCACCACCCUUCAGGCUUCCAGGUCUACUGUGACAUGACGACAGACGGUGGAGGCUGGACGGUGAUUCAGCGCAGGGAGGACGGCUCGGUCAACUUCUUCAGAGGAUGGGAAUCUUAUCGUGAGGGAUUUGGCAAGAUCACCGGAGAACACUGGCUGGGGCUAAAGCAGAUCCAUGCCCUGUCCAUCCAGGGGAACUAUGAGCUACGUAUCGACCUGGAGGACUUUGAAAAUAACACAGCGUACGCCCAGUAUGGCACCUUUGGAGUGGGCCUCUUCUCGGUGGACCCUGAUGAUGACGGAUACCCUUUGACUGUGGGAGACUAUUCAGGCAAUGCAGGUGAUUCUCUGUUGAAGCACAAUGGAAUGAAGUUUACCACCAAAGACAAAGAUAACGACCACUCGGAGAAUAACUGCGCCUCCUUCUACCAUGGCGCGUGGUGGUACCGAAACUGCCACACCUCCAACCUUAACGGCCAGUACCUGCGCGGUCAGCACACCUCCUAUGCCGAUGGCAUUGAGUGGUCCUCCUGGACUGGCUGGCAGUACUCCCUCAAAUUCUCCGAGAUUAAGAUACGCCCAACCCGCGACCCAGAGAAUAAAUGAAACUGACACGAGAAGGAAAAAAAAGAAGAAGAAAAUUUUCAAACAUUAUAAACCACAGUUUCUGACAGCUUGAUGGCGUUACUUGUCUCGAUAUUGUUUAUUCACUAAAACGUGCAUCUUUGACUUUAGUUGACUCUGCUGUUUUCUCGUGAUGUCUCUCUUCCAUUUUUUUGCUCCUCUUCCUCGCUCACUCAGCUAUUAGUCACCCUGGCUACCUUAAUCCUCCCCGUGGUCCCAUUCUUUGAGAAAUUGAAUAACCCGGACGCUCUUAUUUUUGAACGUUUAGUUCACAAAAACAGCUUACCAGAGCCCUGAACCAACAACAGUCCACUGCUCCGGGUCUGUCAAUGUCGUCCAGCCCCCCUCUGAAGUAAAAUGGGCCCCCUGACAUGAACCUGACCUAACCUGUGCUGACAUGGCACUCAGUUCCACUGCCCACUCCUGUAAAAUACGUGAAGACAACCCCCGUUCACAAAACAUGAAGACAGAAUAUGGAAAUUAUUCAACCCCACAAACCCCACCCCCACCCUCUGCAAAGAAACUCAAGUUUUACCAGGGAGAAGGGGACAGGGCAGUGGUGCACUACGUCACAUUUACAUCUUUGAUCUGUCCGAAUGAGCCCCGGCAGGGAAAGUGGCGAGAAGUACGGGCGCUCCGAUAAUGAGAGCGAGACGGAGAAAACGAGGAAAAAAUUUGACAGGAGCUAAAUUGGUGGAAGGAAUGGGGGUGGGGGCAGAGUGAAUCAAACUGGGGAGAUGAAGUAGGUGAAGAAGAAGAAAAAGAAGAAGAGGUGCAAGAAAAGGAUGGGGGAAAAAAGAAGAGACAGCGGAGGAUGUCAUUCAUCUGACUUGGACCAUUAGGGAGCAUAUUGGGCACUUUGUCUGAUCUGCCUGCCAGCUGAGUACUGGCCAACUGAUGCAGCACUCACAGAUGGUAACCCAGCACUUUGUGUGUGUGUGUGUGUGUGUGUGUGUGUGUGUGUGUGUGUGUGUGUAAGAGAGAGAAUGUGUGUGUGCCUGAGACAGAGAGAGACAGACAGACAGAGUUCUCUAACACUAUCAAUUUCCUGUCACGGGUUCAGUAGAGCAUCUCGAUUGACUACAAUGUUUAGCACAGAAAGACUAAGCAUGAUGCACGGCUGGCUUACCUGCACUCUGUCCAACUAAGUAGCUGAAAUACGCCUGCAAGGGAUGUAACGAAUUAAAGCAGGAAAAGACAACAACUUAGAAGAAACCGAUGGAGCCACUGAAAGAGACCCGAGGAAACUUCACGCCCCCCUUUCUUGUUUGUCCUCUCUUUUGUACUUUUUUUCCCUCUCUCUGUUGUUUCCAGAUGAUUAUUGUGGAAUCGGUUUGUGCGAUACGGUUUUAUCUUGUCAUGCAAACGGAGCGAAAGUUGCUACAAAAUAAGAUUUGACGCUCUCAACCGCCGUCUUUUUUCUUCACAGUAGAAAUUCUACAGCGUGUUAUGGCAACAUCCAAACUGCCUACAGAAAACAAAGCAAAAAAAGAAAAAAGAAGAAGUCAGUUUAAAAAAAAAAAGGAAAGAAAAAAUUCACAGCACAUGGGCGGAAAACAGUGCAAUCCCGAUUUUUUUCCCGUCUCUUUUUUUUAAAGUCGGUGAAUCAACUUUUUUUGGAUGUAAUAAAAGCUUUAAAAUAUCUGUAGAUUUUAUUGUACUGUGUAUGACUUUUAGAGCAUGAGAAUCUGUUUCUUACUAUGCUACAACACAAAGAGAACUCAAGCACAUAGACUUUACAAAAUCCACUGGUUCAAAAAAAGAAGAAGAAAAUGCAACAUGUGGAGCAAAAUAACUUUCCCCCCCUUCUUAUAAAAUGAGCAAAAGGUGGGGAGUGGCGCUCCUUGGGCCAGAUCCAAGUGAAGAAGAGUAACAUGAUUAUCCCUUAAGCACAUGCCCGCUCUAAUCUGCAGCACAAAUUUCAGUCUUUAUGUCAAAGGCACAAUGAUAAGAGUUUUUUGAACCUCCUCAGGCACAAUAGCUGCCUUGCUGGACAUUUGCGACCUUUGUGAUUACUUGGUUUUGGAGAGUCACUUGGAAGCAGUUUUGAAUCCGUGCUAAAGGGUGUCGCUCCAGCUGACAGUGAGUUAACGUGUAGCACCGAGCAAUGUUGCACUUAAUACCUCUGACACUGGAACAGCUGUGAGUUUUUCUGUCAUCCCCGGUGCUUUGAUGAAGGAUCCCGUUUCUGUGUGUGUUUCUGCUAGCACCUCGGCUGUGCACACGCGGUAUAUGUCAAGUCGUGGUGGUGGACUCCUGCCACGUCUUUUCAUCGAAGACGCGCCGAAGACACGUUACACAUGCCUGCAGAUGUUAUUGUGGCACAGAGUGUGCGGUGCGCUAUUGUCAAUUCCGAGACAAGCUGGAACUGUGCGGAGUCGCUCGAGGAGAGGGAAUCGGACCGCUCGUUGAGUAUGUGUGCGAAUCGUGAGUAUGUGCGUGUCUCUUUGCCGGACGGAGCGUCGGUAUGCGUGAGCGCAAGCGUGUAUCUGCAGUGUUUCUGUGUGUACACGUAUAUGCACAUGCGUCGGUUUGUACACGCCCAACGUGCAUGAGCCAGACAAGAGAACAGGAGGCUGGGUGUGUCUCUCUGUGGAAUUCUGAAGUAAUGUGAUGCCUAUGUACUACAUGCCUCCCUCGCUAUUUGUGUUGAUAACAGAGAGAUUUACAUAAUUCUAAUAAUGAACUAUUACUUAUUGUGAUUGUGAUCCCAUUAGAAUGGACACCACCUUCUUGGUACUGUGUUGAACUGCGCUUGUGCCCUCGAAUCCUGACAACCCGCUCCCGAAUUCUCUGUUCGCCUCAACAUGACUUUGUGCUCACUGUAUACGUUAGCGCUAUGUUUCCCUUGUUAUUUAAAUGUAAAGACAUGUAUUAUUUGCCAUGAUGAUCCACCACCCCACCCCUCCUUCCCUCUGUGUUAAAGGCCUUCAUUGUCACUCUUUGCUGCUGCAGCUUGCUAAGUCUCCAAUGGAAGAGAUGAUAAAAGAAGUGAAAUCAGAGGCUCUGAUAAUUCCCAGUUAACCCACUCAUUACAGAGUAUCCACACCCUCCCGAUCGAUCCGCCACAUCCCCAAACCCCUUUCUUACUUUGUACCUCCUUAAUUGCCUUAGCCUCUGCUGCCAACCCCGGCUCCUAAAUUCCUCUCUCUGCUCUUUCCGCUCCUAACUCCUAUCCCCUUUAUUGCUCUGUUUUUCUUCCCCUACUCCUAUCUCUGCUCUCCUCCACCCAGCCCGCCCAGUCCUUCAUUCCCAGCGCAGAACUAACUAUGUUUUUCUUUUUUCCUUUUAUUUUUGGUGAAGUACUAUAGAUUGUUUUGCUGAAUCUUGAUACUGUGUUUUAAUGUUCUUGUCAACAUUUAAUAAACAUUCACAUUUUAUAAAUGGAGCACA